AUGGCUCAUCGAACUAAUAACCUUCCGCUUUAUCAACCUCGGGAUGCACCAGGUGCCGAUAGUGCUGUUGCUACAGCGACAACGACCUCACUAAGACGGCAAACCGUCGACGAGCCAGAAGGAUAUGCCACCUACUUGGCCAAAUCAGAUACAUACGAUCCUGCACUCGACGUCGAGGGCAUUUAUAAAGCCUGUCACGGUAUGGGCACUAAUAACAUCAAACUAAUCAAAAUCCUCGUCAAAAGGACUUCUCAAGAGAUUCAGAUAUUGCAAACAGCGUAUAUGAAUAAGCGACAAAAGCAGCUCGUUCAAUUGGUCAUCUCAGAGACCUCGGGCAGCUAUCAAACGGCAGUUGCACUCCUCGCGAGUGGUGCACUGGGAGGAGAUGCAUACCUACUCAAGAAGGCGGUCGAAUCCAAGACGAGCUCGCGCGUGCGACUGGCCCUCCUCACAGAACUCAUCGUCAUGCGUUCAAAGCCAGAUCUAAUCAAGCUCAAAGAGUACGUCAGCGCGACGCAGCACCGUAGUCUGGCCAGCGUUGUCAACGAUGCGAUACGCAUGAUGGACACUUCGAUACAAGACGGCCUCAUCGAAGCUUUCCGACUAUGUAUGCUCACGGAUGAACGUGUCGUCGAAGAAGAGGAGGUCAUGUCGAAUGUGCAAAUCAUCAAAGCGUUUCUCGAGGGUGAGGAGACUAUUACUACAAAGCGGUUCUUGGAACUACUCUUGGAUCGCCCACUGUCGUAUUUGCGCCGACUGGUCGACGGGUAUAAGACGCAGUUUUAUGGUGUCAACCUCUCGCAAGCCGUGACAGAGUCACGGGAUAGUCGGCUAUCACCCGCACUCAAAGACGUACUCGGAUAUGCAUUGCUCACAGCCGAGCACGAGACGGAGGGAACUAUGGAGGGCGUUAUACGCGACGCACGACGCAUCGAGGCGGACCUUCAAGAUGAUUACCUGCUCACCGUACGCUUGGUUCGCGCGCACUGGAAUUCGGCUCGAUUCCGGGCACUCCUAGCAGAGUGGGCAAAGCUUAAGCCAGAGAGUGGGAACCCGAUCAAACGCGUCAAAAAGCACACUCGGUUGAACUUGGAGACGCUCUUGGUGAGGAUGAUCGAAAAGGCCGAGUCGGUUCCGAUGUCUUCGUGA